CGGAUGUCGUGAUCCGACGAUACUGAACAAGAACCAAAUUUACGAAGUGUGUUCCAGAACGGGGUUCACGUCCAUGUCGCCCGACCUAACGAGUCGACGGUGAGCACAGGACUGGACAGGGCACCGCUCGGAUUGAUGUGACUGGACCGGACAGAUGGACGAGCCUGGGUCUAUAAUGAAUUGGUUGGGAGCCGAUAGUACGCCCGACCGGAUUCCUCAGCCCUGGACGCUACAGCAGUUUGAAGAUGUACGACCACGAGACACGUCUGAGGAACGAGAGAGAGUCUCCUCAGACAGACAGGAAAGAACUUCGUUCCCUAAUUACUCUAUUUUUAUGCAUACGGCGGAUGGAAGUAGAGAAGUGCACGAUCGGGAUCGAGGGUCGCCAUCAAUUUCUGUACCCUGGCGACGCUGUUCACAUGCGAAACGCCUUCCUCCUACUACGUACGUCUCUGAGGGCAAAUUCUGAGCGACAUGCACACUGAGGAAAGUAAACUAAAUGUCGCUUGAACUCUCACAAUGCCUUCAUGACGUCUUCCGUCUCGCUCGCGUCUCCGUGCUUCGUCGCAUCCCUCCAUCUCGUCUUCGGAGCGGAUGUACUAAGCAGAAAACGGGUCACACCGACGUCAAAGUCUGCAUAUUUGAGAACUUUCAUGCUCGCCUUGUAAUUAGGUUCGACAACGAAGGCACCGUACAUCCAACGUCGAGCUUUCAGUUGUUUCCACUCCCCUUCGGUUGAAGAAUCUUCUCUUUCUGAUCGGUUUAGUUGUGACGCCUAGCCUCAUCAUCAAUGCGGACACCGGGAACCGGGAAGCAUCACUGGACAUUCGGAGCACAGACGGGCGGUCAUGAAUGCAUUUCCGUAGUACACUGAUCAUCAGGCGGAAGAGCAUGCGCUUGAUGAGAUCGACAGACAGACAAAGUUCCAUGUUGUAGAGAAAAGAAUGACGAAGACCAGGAAUUGCGUCAGUGGGCUAUCCAGCGGAGGAGGAGGAGGAGGAGGAGGAGCGAGGCCCUGAACUGAGCUCUGGUGACUCAGACGGGAACGAGAGCUACGAGAGUGCUCAAGGCCCCACUAGAUUAGAGGAGAGGGGCCCCAUGGACGCCAACAUUCUCGGCAUCUCGAACUCUUGCACCCUUUGACCCCGCUCAAAACCGAGCCGUCCGUUCGGAGCAAGAGAAUCUCUUGUUUAUUUUAUAUGUCCAGUUCCUAUUGCGCGAUCGAUUCUCAGCCUGCACUGUGCUCGAGUGGUAGUCUCUAUAUGCGAGUCUUCCUUUCGCAGUUCCUCCAGUCCUCGCAAGGUUUCUUUUCACAUCUUCACUCUUGGCUAGAGUUUUGAAGGUUCGAAAGGGGAAAUUGUCCAAAGCUAGGAUCCACUCUACAGAGAAUUUCCAGCACGGGUCACGAGAGCGGACCGUCUUCCACUUUUAUUGCCUUGCAUUCAUUUGACAGAAUUCGUUGCCCAUAUUUUUACACGGGGUCGACUGUAGGGACCUGACUGGUCAGCAGAAGGGCAGUGGUUGCGAGAGUAGAUUGUGAGUUGAGGAUUGGUUUGCGUGCCUGGAGAAACUGUGAGGAACUGGGAGUGUAGCCAGUGAGGCGCAGCAGCCAUGGAAUAAGAUUCUGGAAACUUUCGAAGAUCUUCAGCUCGUUGGAGCGGUGUUGAAAAUUCUCCGAGAUGGCCGCGUCGCGAGCUGUACUGGUGCUCAACACCGGCAGCUCCUCCAUCAAAUAUGCUCUUUAUAAUAUGGGAAAGUCAGCAUCGUGCGUAUAUCAAGGAUUGGUGGAAGGCAUCGGCACUCCAAAGAGUUCGAUAACUCACAAGAACCUCCAGACUGUGCAAGACGUCAGACUGCAGGGCUUGGAUGUUGGAGAUCACAAAGUUGGCCUCAAGAAAGUUGUGGAGCUCCUGCGUUUGGGGGACGGGCCAUCUACCAACAUAUACGCUGUUGGUCACCGUGUUGUGCACGGUGGAGAGGCGUUAACGAAACCAUCAAUUAUAAACAGUGAAGUGAAGAGUGCGAUUGAUCGUGCUAGUCCUUUGGCACCUCUUCACAAUCCCCCAUCGCUCCAGGGCAUAAAUGUUGCUGAGGAGCUCUUCCAUUGUCCUCAGGUUGCUGUGUUUGACACUGCUUUUCACUCUACAUUACCACCACAUGCGUACAUGUACGCUCUCCCAUAUAAAUUUUAUGAGGAACUGGGGAUCCGACGAUAUGGCUUUCACGGGACAAGCUACCGAUACCUUUUAGGUCGAGCUUCUGAAAUGCUAAAGAAGCCCAAGGAAGAAGUGAAUAUCAUCUUGUUCCAUCUCGGUGCUGGGGCAAGCAUGGCGGUCGUGAAGCAAGGAAUAUGCGUAGACACAACCAUGGGUGUGACCCCUUUGGAGGGACUUGUCAUGGCCACGAGAUGCGGGGAUGUUGAUGCAGCCGUAGUAGAUAUUCUGGGAGCGCAGAGAGGAAUGGAAAUGGGAGAUGUUGUAAACGUGAUGAACAAACAAAGUGGGCUGUUUGGUCUCUGCGGCGAUAAAGACAUGAGGACUAUCAUCCAGGCUGCCAAGAAUGGAAGUGAGAGGCACGCCCUCGCCCUGAAGGUGUUUGUACAUCGAAUUAGAAAAUAUUUGGGAGCGUACAUGGUUCAGCUUGGGGGCGAUGUCGAUGCCCUAGUGUUCAGUGCUGGAAUUGGUGAGGCGUCUGGACAGAUUCGAGGACUGAUAUGUGAGGGUCUACAGAGUUUUGGGAUUGAACUGGACGAGCAGGAAAACAAGGAUGGACACGUACCUGCCAAAGAGAUCCAAAGUCGGAGCUCCAAAAUCAAGGUUCUAGUCAUUCCUACUGACGAGGAGCUGAGUAUAGCGCAACAGACGAUGGAAGUCGUGGAGUCUCACAGUCACGUCCGUUUGUGAAACGGGGCGUCGUCAACAAUCCCAUCGCUUGGCUUCUUCCCCACAAAAAAAAUCCGAAGAUGAGGUACUACUUUGUGCAGUAUCCAGGUUGUAGUCUGGUUGAGGCUGACCAUCCUGACGAACGAGCAAAUGUAGCUCCUCUCAUUUGUUGAUUACUACAUCCAGUGUAAACCCGGUCCUAGCACAAUGGCAAUUUGGAAGCUUGAUUCUUCGCCAGAUUUGGAGAAUUUUUCUGCAAAAAGUUGCAGCAUUGAUAAGGUUUGAUAUCUUCAUCCAUUUAUAUGUCCAGAAUUGUUAGGGGAAAGGAAGUCCCACUUUUGCCGACAAAGUCUCAGUAAUUGCCUGCAUUUUCUGUGACCAAGGUGAGGUAAUGGCAAGUCAGGCCAUUGAGUUGAAGCAGCUGCAAUACUUAUCGUGUUAGGAACCUGCGUACAACACUUCAUUCGGAUGAUCUGCUCCUACCGCAAGGAGUCUGCAUGCCACCGUAUACUUCGGUCUUCGGAAUCUCUCUGUCAACGACGAAUAUCCCUGGAGCUAGCGUACUUAGAUGCCUCUGGAGGCAUUAGCUGAAGUCAUGCAUCUGGUUCACCACUGACGAUCCACUGGGCUAACGGGUACAAGGUAUGAACUUCGUAGUAGGUGGUACGCUAAAAUGUUUACCCUGUAUAUUUGAGAACAGACCAGCACCAGCUAAUGAAGUGUAUUGUACAAAACCGAGUUAUUUAAAACUCUCGAAAAUAAAGCCGU